UAAAGAGCUGCCGCGGACAAGGAGGCCCCCAGAUGGAGAGCCAGCCUCCGAGGUGGCGGGCCCUGCCGGACCCCCCAUGCCCUCCUGGGCCCCCUGCAGCUCCCUGGCUCCUCCUUGGCCUGCUGCUGCUGCUGCCCGGGACCCUACGACUGGCAGGAGGACAGUCAGUAACCCACACCGGCCUGCCCAUCAUGGCCUCCCUGGCCAACUCAGCUGUGUCCUUCAGCUGCAGGAUCACCUACCCAAACACCCCCCAACUCAAGGUUUUCACAGUCAGCUACUUUCAUGAAGAUCUCCAGGGACAGAGGAGCCCUGAGAAGCCGACCUCUUGCCACCCUGAACUGGGCACAGAGAACCAGACCCGCACCCUGGACUGCCAGGUCAUCCUUGUGCUGCCGGGCGCGUCGGCCACUGGCACCUACUACUGCUCUGUCCGCUGGCCACACGCCACGGUGAGCGGCAGUGGCACCUUCAUCCUGGUCAGAGACGUAGGGUACCAAGAGCCCCCGCAGAGCCCCCGGAAGCUCCUGCUCUUUGGCUUCACCGGCCUCCUGAGUGUCCUGAGUGUUGUGGGCACGGCCCUGCUACUCUGGAAGAAGAAGCAGAUGCGGGGUCCAGGGAAGGACCCCACCAGGAAGUGCCCAGAUCCAAGAUCUGCCAGCAGCCCCAAGCAGCCUCCUUCAGAAUCCAUCUACACAGCUCUGCAGCGCCGUGAGACGGAGGUCUACGCCUACAUCGAGAGUGAGGAUGGCUGCCCACCCACCGCCAAGCAGAGCCCCCUCUCCCAGGAGAGACUGCAUAGAUUCAAAGAUGAUGGCGAACUUAACCUGGUCUAUGAAAAUCUCUAGGAUGGGCUCCACUGCCCAUAGAGCUUGCCCUGGGUCAGAGGACGGGGCAGCCCCUGCCACCAAAGGACUUGACUUGAGUUGGGAGUAAGGCCCCCAGGGAUACCCCAUCAUCUCACAUUCAAGGCCCUUCCCGCCUUGGCAUGCCCCACUGCCCCCAUUCUAUGCCCCAGCCGCCAAGGCUUUCACAUCUUGCGGCCUUUGCCCAGGCUGUUCCUUCUGCCAGGCAGGUCCUUCUUCCCUGGAACAACCAGCAAAGUGCCCCUCAGUCUUCAAGAGCUUUCCUGGAUGCCACUCUUGCCCAGAGCCCUGCUCACCGCCUCAUGCUUACAGAGCAGCAUGCUUUCUUGGCUCUCUUGGCACCAGACAGCUGGCACCUCAGCCAGCAGGGCAGCCUCUGAGCUGAGGGAGGUCCCUGCAAGGGCCCCUUAGCAGCGCUGUGUGGGGAGCCGAGGUGUGGAGGAGCUGGGGAGCAGCUAUGCAAACCCCUACCUGCCCAGCUGGGCCAGAGGCACGAGGCAGCCAGGCAGGGUGGAGCAGGGGCUGGCGUGGGAGGUCUGGGGGACAGACAAGGAUGAUGGACCCCACAGAGGCAAGACUGGGAUCAGGGACAGAUCUGGAGGCCCAGGACAUGGCUGAGAGGUGGUCAGCAGGCUGGGGGCAGAGAGGGCUUGGGUACAAGCCGGUGAGGAAGGAGAUUAUGGCAUGUUUGGGAUGAGGGCAGAGGGAUGGAUGAGGGGAGGAGGGUGCUGGCUAAACAGCAGCUGAAUGAAUGGCCUGAAGUUCCCCCUCCCCCAAGGGUCCCCGCUCCCAUUGGUCUGGCCCUGUAUGCGCACUGUGUCAUCUCCUUGGUCACCCUGUGCUCCAGGCCUUCCCCACUGCAGGACCUCAGCUGUCCCUCCUUCUACCCAACGCGCAGUCCCCCAGAGUUCCUUCUGUCUGGCCUAUCCUGUGCCCACCACCUGCGGCUUCAUCCAGUCCUCCUGCUCUGUCUUUAUCUGCCAUAGGCCCCAGCUCUGGCCCCCUGUGGAUUGAGGUCCCAAGUGGUCCAGCUGUGGGGUUUGGUGCUGGGACCCUCAAGGGCAGCCGGAAGGUCCCUCUGAGGCAGGAGCUCAGGCCCCAUGGGGACAGUGGCUCCCUAGUGCCUGGCCCUGAGCCAUUUCUGCUGUUCUGAGUGCCCAUAUCACCCUCACUUCCUCCUCACAGCAGCCCUGCACUGUGGCCAGAAACCCAUCCACAGGCAGGCAGUGGCUGGGGUCUGGGUGGCCCCGGGCUGUUAGGCUCCGCUUCCUCCCUCCGCUCCCCCAUGUCUCCCUGAGUUCUCCCACCUUUGCUCAUUUGUUAAAUGGGCAGGUCAAUCCUCCCAUCCCCCCGUGUGGGCUGCCCCAACCCCAAAUGUGCCCAGGGAGGGUGGGGUACCCAAGGCACAGGCCCUGGCCCUGCCCCCAAGCAGUACUGGGCUACCGCUCGCAGAGGCACCUUUGGUUCUGCAGGUCACGCCCCUCCCUGCGGAGAAGGGAAGGCUGGUGGUAGAGGCUGGGCACAGAUUGGCCCAGAAGAAGUCCCUGGGCCCUGCUAGGGUGGCACCAGACUUCUCUGGUCCCGCAGGACAGUCAGUGACCUCCCAGCUUGGUUCUGGGCCCCCGCCUGCAAGCACACAUGGCAAGGAGGGCUUUUGCAGGCUCACAUAACCAAGUGGCAAGGCCCCUGCUCCCAGAGGCUGGAUUUGAAUGAACUCCAGGCCUGUUUGGGGAGGUGAAGCUGCCAGGUGUGCACAGGGGCCUCCCAGGCUCCUGGCUCCACCAGCCUGAGGCGGGGGCAAGGGUCAGAGCAACGGGGGACAAUGCCGCUCAGGGUGCAGUGAGCUCCCCUGGGAAUAUUGAAGCCAGCAAGACCAGGAGAGCGCCACCUCACUGGGCCUGCCUCCCCCACCUCCUGGGCCUCUCUGACCUCAGCUCCUGGACCCUGGAUCCUCUGGCUGGGACUCAGCAUUUUCCAGUCUUUUUCAGGGGUAGAGAGGGGCGCCUGGGUUGAACUUUAGCACCAUGCCCUGGCCCAGGCAUCACAAACACGGCCUCCCUGUGGCUGCCCUGCCCCCGACAGACCCCGAUUAAACCCACACCUGGCCUUGGCCCUCCCCUGCUCCAUACCUUGCAUGGUUUUUACCUCACUUGGAAUAAAAUUCCAACUCCU